AUGCCCUUUGUCAAGAAAGUGCUAGGCUUAGAAAAGCCAAUCAAUCCACUAGAAAGGCACGCUGGGCCUCGAGAUGAAGCAGAUCCGACGGUCUUGGACUGGCUGAAUGAUGCCGUCCCUUCGGGUCCACAGCUGAUCCAACAUUUCAUCCGAAUGUUCCCUUUCAUGAAAUGGAUCAAGCAUUAUAAUGUACAAUGGCUUAUUGGGGAUCUGAUUGCAGGCGCUACCGUUGGUGCUGUCGUGAUUCCACAAGGUAUGGGAUAUGCUAAGCUGGCUGGGCUUCCUGUACAAUACGGACUCUACACAUCUUUCAUGGGCGGUAUUCUCUACUGGCCAUUUGCAACAUCAAAGGACAUUACAAUCGGCCCUGUUGCUAUCAUGUCUACAGUGCUCGGGUCAAUCAUCCCAGAGGUGCAGCAGAUCUACCCCAGCAUUCCCGGCCCACAGAUCGCCAUGUCAAUCACUAUUAUCUGCGGAAGUAUCGUCACUUUUAUGGGCUUGGCACGCCUUGGAUUUAUCGUUGACUUUAUUCCUCUUCCAUCGAUUGCAUCUUUCAUGACAGGCUCAGCGAUUACAAUCUGCUCCGGGCAAGUCAAAACUCUACUAGGAGAGACAGCCAAUUUUAGCAACCGUGGCCCGGCCUACCAAAUCAUCAUCGACAGCUUGAAAAACCUCCCGUCUGCGAAGAAGUACGACGCUGCUAUGGGAAUCUCAGCUUUGGUCACGCUGUACUUGAUCCGCAGUGUAUGCACUUUCUGUGUACGGAAGUUUCCACGUCGUGCAAAACUCUUCUUCUUCCUCUCUGCUCUUCGCACGGCAUUUAUCAUUCUACUAUUUACCAUGAUCAGCGCGAUAGUCAACAUGCAUCGACGUGAUGAUCCCGCCUUUGCCAUCGUUGGCCAUAUCUCUCGAGGGUUUCAGCACGCUGGAGUGCCCGUCAUUGACAGGAACAUCAUCAAAGCUUACAUCUACAAUCUCCCGGCAUGCGUGAUAGUUUUGCUUCUCGAGCACAUCGCGAUCUCAAAAUCUUUCGGUCGCAUCAACAACUACAACAUCGACCCAUCGCAGGAACUCAUUGCGAUCGGCAUCACGAACCUUCUCGGGCCAUUUAUUGGUGCCUACUCCGCGACAGGCUCCUUCUCUCGCUCGGCAAUUCAGUCCAAAUCAGGAUCUCGGACCCCUCUAGCUGGCUUGACUACCGCAAUAGUUGUCUUGAUAGCUAUAUACGCACUGACCACUGUGAUUUUCUACAUUCCCCACGCAGCGCUAGCGGCUGUGAUCAUCCACGCCGUGGGCGAUUUGAUCGUUGCGCCAAAUACCCUCUACCAGUUCUGGCGAAUCUCGCCACUAGAUGCUCUGAUCUUCGUCAUCGGCCUCGUGGUCGCGAUCACAAACACGAUUCCUAACAGUAUCUACGUCACGGUUUGCAUUUCAGUCGCUGUUUUGAUCUUUCGUCAUGCAAAGGCUUCAGGAUCCUUCCUCGGCCAGACUCGAGUUGGUGAAGGGCAGAAUAACCGACCGCUGUUUAUGCCAAUGGAUCAAUCCGAUGUUGCUUCCGAUAUGAAGCCAGAGAAUCCGCGUCCUGGGGUUUUCAUCUACCGGUUCACAGAAGGAUUCAACUAUGACAAUGCUAAUCACUAUACGGAUGCAAUGGUUCAGUUCAUUUUCAAAUAUACCCGUCGGACCAACGGCCAAGCCUAUGCUGCAAAGGGCGAUCGACCGUGGAAUGACCCCGAGCCUGGAAGAAAGGCAAAUAGUGGUGAAGAAGAUCUACCUUUACUACGCGCCAUCAUAUUAGACUUCUCAGCAGUCAACAACGUCGACGUCACCAGCAUUCAAAACCUCAUUGAUGUUCGCAACCAGCUGAACCUUCGCGCCGCACCUCUUGAAGUGCAGUGGCACUUUGCCAACGUCGGAAAUAGAUGGACCAGGCGUGCUCUCGCUGCAGCGGGCUUUGGAUAUCCGUCCACUUGCCCACCUGUGUCCAUGAUAAGGGGCAAAAAUGUCGAGGUUUCCGAGAUCCAAGACUGUGAAAGUCCUCAAGAUGUGGAAAUUGGCAAGGUGGGCGUUCCAUGUAAGGGAGCCGAGCAGUGGGUUGAGUCUGAGAAGGGUUCGUGCAAUGACCCAUUGCGCUCUGCGGAAAGUUCCAGUCGACCAUUCUUCCAUGUUGAUUUGACGAGCGCCCUGGAAAGCGUGGAUGCGUACAUAGCUGCGAGUCCAGCGCUGUAG